AUGACAUCUACUAAUUCAACAGGUCGUAAAUCAAAACGCGAUGAUCCAAAACGUUCAUCUGGAUCCGUAACCGUUGUUGUUGGUAGUGAACAGCAAAUGACAAAGACAAAAAAUGCUGUUAAAUCGAAUGAUGCCGUUGUAUUAACUCAAACAUCGAAUACAAUGAAUACUAAUAAUAAAAAACGACGUGCAACAGAAAUUAUUCAAAAUGAAGUGCCUUUAUCUGAACGUUUAAGUGCGUUUGAAAGUCAAACAUCAACUGGUCCCUUUAAUUCAGAACAAAAACAACAAAGCCUAUCAGCCGAUAGUCUUGUAACAUUACUUACACAAGGAUUACAAAGUUCGGAUGCCGCUCUACUUGAUGUAAGUAAAUUAUUUCUUUGA